GCUACCCACAUACAUUUUACUAACUGAUUUUUUUGUGUUCAUUUAUUUAUUGAACAAAUAUUUCAUUGUCUCCUAUUAACGUCUCAGGUAGUGUUUGUUCUAGACGCCUGGUUUACUUCAGUGAACAAAAACAGACAAAAGUCCCUGUCCUGGUAAGGUCGUACAGUCUGUUGAAGGAUGCAGAAAAUAAACAUAAACUAAGGAAACUGUAUAACAUGUUAGAAGGUGAUGGUGCCAUCAAAGAAACAUAGCAGGGUGAGGGGGAUUGGGCAGUUCCAGAGUGGAGGUGGGAGUUGGGGUUUUAAAUGUGGUGGUCUGUUUAGGCCUCAUUAAGUAUGUGCUAUACUUGAAGGAAUUAAGAAAAACAAGAGGAUAUCUGGGAGAAGAGCAUUCCGGGUGAAAAGGACAGUCUUUACAAAGGCUUACAUAGGCAGGAACAUGUCUGUCAUGUUCUAAGAAAAACAAGGAGAAGCCAGUGUGUCUGGAGAAGGGCAAGAACAAGGGGGAGAUGGCAAAUGAGGUCAGUGAGAUAAUGGGUAGCCAGAUUAUUAUAAGGACUGAAUGAAAUGGAAACCAUGGGAGGUUUGCACAGAGAAGAGAUAUGUUCUAACCUGUGUUUUAAAAGAUCACCUGACUGCUGAAUUGGGAUUAGAAUCUCGGGGGCAAGCAUGGAAGCAGGGAAAGCAGUUAGGAAGCAUUUCAGGAAUCCCAAUGACAGGUGAUGGUGGCACAUACCAGGGUGAUAACAAUGGACAUGGUGAGGAAUGGUUGGAUUCUGAAUCCAUAUUGAAGGUAGAGUUUACAGGUUAUGCUAGGGAUUGGAUGUGGAGGUAAGAUGGCCAGACUGGGGGUAGGGAGGGGUGGUCGGGAAUAACUUCGAAGGUUUUUGCCUAAGCCCAUAGAGGUAUGGAGUUACAUCAGCGGAGAUGGGAAGGACAGCACAUAGAGAUGUUGAGUAGGCAGUUGGAUCCAGGAGUGAGAGUUCAGGGCAAGGUCGGUUCUAGUAUAUGAAUUUGGGAAUCAUCAGCAAUGGUAUGUAAAACCAUGACACAAAGCAAUAUCACCAAGGAACAAGUGUAGACGGAAAGCAGAGAACCAAAGCGGUGUCUUGUGACAUUAAGAGUUAAGGGAGAAGAGCCUCAACCAACAAACAAUAUUGAGAAGGAUGAACCAGUGCGUUUAAGAGAACAACCCAAAAAGUGUACUGUGCCAGAAGCUAAGCCAAGAUCCUUUAUCAAAGAGGAGGGAGUAAUCAGCCAUGUCAUAUGAUUAAGUCUGGUGAGAACUAAGAAUUGAGGAUUAUUAGUUUUAGCAUUGCCACCGGUGACUUUCACCAUGUUUCAUUUGAGUGCUUGAGGCAAAUGUAUAAGGAGUGAGUUUAAGAGAAAAUGUGAGAAAAGGAAAGAGAGACAGUGAGUACAGACAACUCAGGAGUUUUUGCUGCAAAGAGGAAUAGAGAAAUAGAGUGUAGCUGGCCAGAGAAGCGAGUUGAGACUAUUUUUUUUAAGAUGGGAGAAGUGCUGCCUGUUUGUUUGCUGAUGGGAAGGAUCUGUAGAGAUGGGAAAUUUGAUAGGGAUAGAAAGAAUAAUUGAAUUGUUGGAAAAAUACCCUGUCUGUAACAGGGGGGAUAGGACCAGAUCCACAGUUAGAAGGAUUGUAUUUAGGUAACAGCAUGGAUAGUCUGACUAUAGUGGCAAGCAGAGUAUGUGGGUGUAGAUAUUGGUAGGUGGUUAGAUGUAGUUUUGAGAGUUGAAGUUUUCAUUGCUUCACUUUCCUCAGUAAAGUAGAAAACCUAUUCUAAAUGUAUCUAAGUGCAAUACAGUUUGAUAUUCGCAUUUUGACAUAUCACCAGGUUAUUUAUUCACUAACAAAUACUUAUUGAAUUCAUACUAGGCAUUGUUCUAGAUGGUAAAUAUAUAACUGAGCAAAAGUCCUAUCUUGAGGGAACGUCUGUUUUAGUGGAUGGAAAUAGAAUAAGCAUAUAUAUGUCAGCUUCGAUUAGUGAUAUAAAUGAAAAUAAAGCAGUGUAAAGGGGAAGGGAGGUAGUUCUUUCUUAUAGGUUGGUCACAAAAGUCACUUCUGAUGAAGUAACAUCUGAGCAGAGAUCUGAAUCGGAUGAGAGGUAAACCCUGCAGGUGUCUGCGCAGUACAUUUGAAACAGCAAGAACAGCCAGUGCAAAGGCCCUAAAGCAAGAACAUCUUGCCAUAUUGGAGCAAGGGACUAGUAUGGCUGAAGCAGAGUGAAUGAGGGAGUAGGUGGAAGAAGUCAAGUUCAGAGAGGUAGUGGUGGGAGGGGGGCCCAGAUCAUGCAGGCCUUAUAAACCAUUAGGAGGACCUUGGUUUUUACUCUGAGAUAGGAUGCUGCCUUGGGAGGUUUUGAACAGAUGAGUGAUGUGAUUUUAUUUGUGUUUUAAAAGGCUCAGCGUGGCUUCUCUGGGGGCAGGGGUGGGAUAGACAAGGGUAGAAAGAAGGAUACGCCUUACUUGGCUAUCACCAUAAAUCUUAGUGACAGGUUGAUGGUGACUUAGUGCUAGCAGUGGUGAUGGUCAAAGUUGUUGGAUUCUGGUUAUAUUCAGAAGGAAGAACUGAAAGGAUUGGCUGACAGAUUGCACGCAGGGUGAGAGAGAAUUUGACUUAUAAGGUUUUGGGGCUGUCUUACUGGAAGACUAGAUUUACUGUUAAUUGAGGUGGACAAACCGAGGGCAGAAAAGGUUUGGAGGAGUAUCCAGAAUUUGGUUUGUAACAAAUUUAAUUUGAUCUACCACUUUAUGUUUCCAUCCAGUGUGUCAAGCAGGCAGUUUUAUACAUGGCAACACGGGCAUAUAAAAGGUCAGGAGUGGCAAUGUAAGUUUGCACAUCAUCAGCAGAUAAAUAGAACAUAUUUAAAAAGCCAUAAGCCUAGAUGAGGUAACUAAGGGAGUAAAGCAUAUAGAGAAGACAUGAGAAGCUUUGGGGCACUCAAGUAGUUAGUUAGAAGUUAGAUUGCUGAGGAGCAACCAACAGAAGGAAACAAGAAACAGUACUAUCCAGUGAGGUGGGAGGAGAACACUGAGUGUGGGGUCCCAGAAGCCAAGGAAAAGACUUCAAGAAGGCAGACAUGAUCAAGUGUAUCAAAUGCUCACUAGGUGUGUAAUGUGAAGACUGAUAACUAUUAUUUUUGCUGAGUUUUCCCUGAUGUUUACUCCUGAAUACACCUGUCUCCUUCUGUCCAUCUUGAAACUGAAAGUGCCAUGAGGUCAGGUAUCUAAUACGUGACAUGUAGUAAAGCUCAGUAUUUGCUGAAUAUGUGCUACUGGCACCUUCUUCGAGCCCUCAUCUCUUUCUAAUCUUGCACUUGAGUACAUUGUUUACAUUGCUGCCCAUCUGUCUGACCUUUCCUGUCUAGAAAGCUUCAGGGGCUCCCCAUUACCUGCAUUAUAAAAUCCUGGCACCUCUCCUGACAAAUCCAUCCAUGUCAUCUUUUUCAGCCUCAUCUCCUACCACUUCCUAUUCAUACCUAUACCCUAAUAUGGAACAAUUUAUAGUUCUGUCUACAGACUGUAUUAUUUCAUCCUUCUAUGGCUUUACUCAUUCUAUUUAUUUUUUCAGCCUAAGAUGACUUUCCUCCUUUGCUUGGCUAAAGUCUAGCUUGAAGAAUCAGGAAGCUUUUGUGAGCCAACUCAUUCAGUCCACAGGCAGCCUCCAUAAUAACUGUAUAUAAUCUCUAUCACAGUUCUUAUUCUCUAACUUUUUUAUGUGUCUGUUACGUUUUCUAAAGUAUAAAUUUUUUAGGGUCAGAAGUGUAUCUUUAUCUUCCUCUCCAUGGUACCUGUCACAGUGCUAUCUUCUGGGUAGGCACUCUAACUACUGAAUUUUAAGAGAACAGGAAAAUGAAGGGGAAGGCAUUCAAAUGUGAGCUGAAGAUUGUCUGGAUCAGUGACUUGACAGAUAUCAAUGCAAGCCUGAAUAAGAAAAAGAAUUUCUCCCUCCUAAGCCAUGGCAUAUCAGUUGUACAGAAAUACCACUUUGGGAAACAGUCUUCAGGAGAGCCUCGAUGAGCUUAUACAGUCUCAACAGAUUACCCCCCAGCUUGCCCUUCAAGUUCUACUUCAGUUUGAUAAGGCUAUAAAUUCAGCGUUGGCACAGAGGGUCAGGAACCGAGUCAAUUUCAGGGGCUCUCUAAAUACAUACAGAUUCUGCGAUAAUGUGUGGACUUUUGUAUUGAAUGAUGUUGAAUUCAGAGAGGUGACAGAACUUAUUAAAGUGGAUAAAGUGAAAAUUGUAGCCUGUGAUGGUAAAAAUACUGGCUCCAAUACUACAGAAUGAAUAGGAAAAAAAUGGCUUUUUAAUGCCAUCCUGUUAUUGUUCAUCGCUUUUUGAAGAGAAGCAUAGAAGAGACUUUUUUUUUAAUUUAUUCUAGCAUUGCAGAAAUGACUACACUGUGCCGUACUAUCAGAGAAUUCCAGUAGAAAGAAGCUUAUAAUUCUGUACCUUGUUACAUUACCUUAUUAUACAGCAUGAAGAAACAGAACUUUUUUUUAAUGACAAAUCAAACAUUGUGGCCUUCCUAAGACCAUUCUUUAAUAAAUUCAUUUUAAAACUCAA